AAUGUCUAGUACGCGCCCCCAGGCGGUCAGUUGAGUUCAGACAGUGAACGAAGGAAAAGCGAAGUCGAUUGACUAUAGUUGAUCUCCUAAGAGCUUCUACGUAUCUUCUCGGUUAGAAGUUCACGAAGAGAAACCACAGAACUUUUUAGUGUUUAGUUCGACAGUUACUUGAAGAUGUCAGCCCCAGCCAUUGGCAUUGACUUGGGAACCACCUACUCCUGUGUGGGUGUUUUCCAGCACGGAAAGGUGGAGAUCAUCGCCAACGACCAAGGUAACAGGACAACCCCUUCCUAUGUGGCCUUCACGGACACUGAGAGACUCAUUGGAGAUGCUGCAAAGAAUCAGGUGGCCAUGAACCCCAACAACACAGUGUUCGAUGCAAAACGACUCAUUGGAAGGAAGUUCGAAGACCCAACAGUUCAGAGUGACAUGAAACAUUGGCCUUUCACUGUUGUCAAUGAAGGAGGAAAACCAAAGCUUAGAGUUGAAUUCAAGGGUGAAACAAAAACAUUCAACCCAGAAGAAAUUUCUUCCAUGGUACUGACCAAGAUGAAGGAAACUGCAGAAGCCUAUUUGGGAAAGACAGUUAAAGAUGCUGUCAUCACAGUCCCUGCAUACUUCAAUGAUUCUCAGAGACAGGCUACAAAAGAUGCUGGCACAAUUGCUGGGAUCAAUGUUCUCAGAAUUAUCAAUGAACCAACUGCUGCGGCCAUAGCCUAUGGCCUUGAUAAGAAGGGAGGAAUGAGGGGAGAAAAAAAUGUUCUCAUAUUUGACCUCGGUGGUGGUACUUUUGAUGUUUCUAUUCUUAGUAUUGAUGAAGGUGUCUUUGAAGUAAAAUCUACAGCUGGAGAUACACACCUUGGUGGAGAAGACUUUGAUAAUAGAAUGGUAAACCAUUUUGUUCAAGAGUUCCAGCGUAAGUACAAGAAAGACCUAACAACCAACAAGCGAGCAAUUAGACGUCUUAGGACAGCAUGUGAAAGAGCCAAGAGAACCCUAUCUUCUUCUACACAGGCUAGUAUUGAAAUUGAUUCCCUCUAUGAAGGCACUGACUUUUAUACAUCUAUUACCAGGGCCCGUUUUGAGGAACUGUGUUCUGAUCUCUUCAGAGGUACACUAGAGCCUGUAGAAAAAGCUCUGAGAGAUGCAAAGCUAGACAAGGGAACCAUUUCAGAAAUCGUUCUUGUUGGAGGAUCUACUCGUAUUCCUAAGAUUCAAAAGCUAUUACAGGAUUUCUUUAAUGGAAAGGAACUGAAUAAAUCCAUCAACCCAGAUGAAGCUGUAGCUUAUGGUGCUGCUGUACAGGGAGCAAUCUUAAGAGGCGACCAAUCUGAAGGAGUUAAAGAUGUCUUACUUCUAGAUGUAGCCCCUCUUUCUCUAGGUAUUGAAACUGCCGGAGGUGUUAUGACUGCUCUCAUCAAGAGGAACACCACAAUUCCCACCAAGCAGCAGCAAGUCUUCACAACUUAUGCAGAUAAUCAGCCAGGCGUUUUGAUUCAAGUUUAUGAAGGUGAGCGUGCAAUGACCAAGGAUAACAACCUUCUGGGUAAGUUUGAACUGAGUGGAAUACCACCUGCGCCAAGAGGAGUACCUCAAAUUGAGGUUACUUUUGACAUCGACGCUAAUGGAAUUCUCAAUGUUUCUGCAGUUGAUAAGUCCACUGGAAAGGAAAAUAAGAUCACCAUCACAAAUGACAAGGGCCGUCUGAGCAAGGAGGAAAUCGACAGGAUGGUGAACGACGCAGAGAAGUACCAGGAAGACGACGCCAAGCAAAGAGAACGUAUUGAAGCUAAGAACCGCCUCGAGUCACUCUGCUUCAGCAUCAAGUCUGCUGUCUCAGAGUCUUCGGUGGCAGACAAACUGUCUGGGGACGAAAAGAGGUCUGUUGAGCAGAAGGCAGAGGAUUGCUUGAAGUGGCUGGAUGCCAAUCAGCUCGCUGAGAAAGAGGAAUACGAGCACCAGAUGAAAGAGCUAGAGCAAGUUUGGCGGCCCCUAGCUAGCAAGGUCCACGGCCAAGGGGGCAGCUCAGGUCAGCAGGGUUCAGGCAGGGGACCAACUGUUGAGGAAGUUGAUUAACUCGGUAACUGAUUAACAGACUUCAUAAGUUUAUCUAAAUAUAUUUUUGACGAAGUAUUAUGAUCUCUUCAAAUAGAUAAAACUUUCAACUUUAUCGUUAAUCUCUUAGAUAUUCACAGGGACUGUUCGAUACUGAUCUAAAUAUCUGCUAACACUCAAUUAAGUGCCAUUUUAUUUUUCUAUAAAAUAAAGUCUUGAACUCAA